UCCGUUGUUAGACAAAUUCGUAUUCGUGCGAUGUUAGGGUUGAUGUCGCGUCAGUCGUUCUUGCGAGGACGCGUGGAAAUAUAAACGAUGGUUUUUAUACAAACGUAAAUUUGUCAACAAUAACCGUGUGGUAUGGAAUUCGUCGCUCUGAAACGUAAUAGAGGGCGGAAAAAGAGGCGGCAUUUGAAGAAACGACGUUGCGAGCAUAUCAAAUUUGAGGUUAAGUCCAUGAAACAUCAAAGAUUUCUUUCGGAAUGUACCGAUAUGUUCACGAGUAAAGAGAAAUUUACUUCGAACACGAAGCAAGCUAAUUCAUUCUGGGAAAAUUACACAGCAGCCCAAGAAUGGCAAAAAAGACAUAGCGUAACAUGGUGGAGAACUCGUUGCUUCGCACUAGAAUACGAGAAUCAGGUGUUAAGAGAUAAAUUGAGAUCAUUGGCUCGUCAGAAUGCUCAGCAAUGCUCUUCGCACUCAUGGAGGAGUCAAGGUUACAAGAAUCAAGAUGCAAGGGAAGAGGAUGAAGAAGAGGAAGAAGAAGAUAGGACAGAAACUACAGUAGAGAAUGAAACCUUAGAAUUUCAAGUAAACGAAGAUAUGAUGAACUUUUUGGAACAAAGCAUAAGGCAUAAAAUUGAAUUGAAGAAGAAACGCGAAGCCGAAGAGUCUGUUAAAGAAGAGGAAAAAAACAAAGAUAUUUGUAUUCAAGGUGGAGCUGCAUGGGUACAAGCAAGAAAUAAAAGUGCAAAGUUAUUGUACGGCGAUGGAAGCUCAACUAUAUUAGCAAUGGAGACUGCCCUUCAAACUACCAUCGACAGACACAAAGAUAAAGCAAAACCUCAGUAUUGGCCUGUUAUUCCUCUAAAAUCAUAAGCUUUACGAUUGUACAUGAUAUUUCUUUUAUUUUGUAUACUCUAAUCCUCGUUGUUUUUGCUGAUAUGAAA